CUUACCACUUGCGAGAGUCAGCAGUGCGUGUUUAGAAAUUGCAUCCACUUGUUGUAGCAGCAGCUCGUCUCCGCACUGCUCGUUCGCUCGGCCGUAGCUCAACCGAUUUUUGGCUGAAGAAUCCAACCGAUUUCCUUACCGAUCAUGGCUCGAUUCCUACUGACCGGCCUCUGCGCGGCGCUUGUACUGGGGUUGGCUUCCGCUGUUGUUCCAUCCUACAUCAACGUCUGCGGCCGCAAGAAUCCCCAGCUGGACAAGUGCGUCGAGGAAAGCGUGCGUCGACUCACCCCUAAGCUGAAGGACGGCAUUCCCGAAUUGGACGUUCCAUCACUGGAGCCACUUUUCGUCGAGGAAGUAGCCCUGGCUAACCUCGAAGACUUCCGCGCGGUAGCCACCAACGUCAAGCUCAGGGGCCUAUCCAACUUCAACAUCAAGCACCUCAAAGUCGAUCUCGAGCAGCAGAAGAUCGACAUCGAGGUGACCUUCCCCAAAGUCUACUUGGACUCGGACUACGACGUCAAGGCCAAGAUCAUCGUGCCGAUCAACGAGAAAGGACCGAUCAACACUAUCACUGACGACGUGUACGCGAAGGUCUCGAUGAAGUUCCAGACUGUGGAGCGCCGCGGGCGCAAACUCAUGUACUUCCCAACGAUGACGACGAAAUUAACGAUAAAGGACUACACGGCGAACUUCAUGCCCGGCGCCGAGGCCAAUCCUCUGGCACAGGCCAUCAAUUCGGUGCUGAUGAACAGCCGACAGGAGAUAAUCGCCAGUAUGACGCCGAACCUCGAAAAGGCCAUCUCCCAGAAGGUCCUUGACGUGUCCAACCGGAUCUGCAAGCACUUCACUUACGACGAGCUCUUCCCCGACACUGCUUGAACGGCUGUGCUUCAUCUUCUUCCUUGUUCUUUUAAAUCGUUAAUUUGAGCGAGCUAUUUUUCACACGCGAAUAAGAGGAUGUUGUUGCGUAAAAAAUAGUCUGGUGUAAACGCUCAAGGAUUUUUUAAAGUAUUUCUCGUCGUUCUUUCCUCUUUUUAAUAUAAUGCAUAUUUUUGUAUAAAGCGUGCGUUGACCAAAGUAACACUGCAUUUUCAUCGGAGUGAUUUUUUUUUUUUUUUUUAUGCAUUGUAGGGUCUUGUAUCCAGUAACUGAUUGAUAAGGACCUAGAGGCAUAAUGCAUAGCCUAGAUAGACAUUGUAUAUUUCGUAUAUAAAAAUCAAAAUCCGAAUUGUCCAUUCUUGUCAUUGCGAGCUGCCUAUAGUAAAGCUCGCCACCUAUAAAGAUGCCAUGUAAACCUCUAUAAACUAGUUAUUCUCACGGAAAUACACGUGUCACCGCUAGGGUGACACGUUACGCAAGCAAGAAGCAAAAUAGUACAUUACGAUACGUGUGACUGAAAUGGUUCUUUUUUGCACGGCGCAGUUAGCACCCGAGCGCAGCGAGGGCGCUAACCGCCGUGUAAAACUGAACCAUUUAAGUCGAGAGUAUCGUAUAAAAUUUUAUAGCACAGAGUGCUAAAAUCCGCGAGUCUCGCCUAUUCGUGACUUGCGGAUUUUAGCCACACUAUGCUAUAAAAGAAAUUACACACCUUUGCUGCACAUCCUAAACAAGUUUGUCAAAAUCGCAUUACUGGGAUUUUCGUGCGAAUAAACACUUCCAUAGUUAUUAAAGUUCUGUUCAUUAGCCCGUAGCAUCGUUAACAAAGCAUCGACCUCUCUCGCGUGUCUGUAACGAGAAGGACCUUGUCGAAGGUGAAUAUGUAGUAUUUUUUUUUUUUAUUCGCCUCUACAGCAGUACAAAGAGAAGGAAAGAGCUCGCGCGCAUGAUUUAGCGCCUCAAGUUUUUGUAAAUCGCAGCGCGCGAGAUGCACGUAUCGACCUUCCUGUGGCCUCCGCGACUUGUGCGUGUCGCGUGUGCAAUGGCAUCUUGAUACAUUUUUCUUUCCUUCGAAUGCUACAUACACUUUUGUAAUCUGCACGUGAUCCGAGGCUAGUGAAAUUUUUGCAAGCUUUUGACCGGCACGAGAUCGAUGAUCGGUAUGUAUCGGGUGUUUUUGUGUAAAGUGAUCGUUAUGGAUAAUAAUUAUAGAGAAGUGAUAUUGUUGAUGAGA